AUGGAAGAGAAGGCAGAACAACCACCUCACUCAGGCAAAAUCAGCCCAGAAGAGUGCAACAGAUGGUGGGACCCGGCCGGAUAUUUGCAAAAGGAAAUGUCCAACUUGUGGCUGGCAAGUCUGAUAACUUACACUUGGUUCUACCUCUUUCUCAAGGCGAAUGUAUUGUUGCCAGUCUCUCCCGCCACCAAGCGCCCGAACAGUUGGGGUUGGUGGUGGCUUUCACCCAUCGCGCUCAUCGAGUUGUCAACUGCCCUUGUAACCUCAUUUUAUCUCGACCGGGCAAACAAGGGUAUCAAGAAAUGCUGGUGGAAGGAUGAUGAAUGUUUACGCACUCAACGCCUUAGCCAUACACGGGACACCUUCGCCACUGCAAUGAACGACGUCCUUACGUAUCUGUACUUUGGCGCAACGUCUAUUAUCAAGAAUGGGCCGUUCAAGGUCGAUCACCCACGCAUCUUGAUGAUGGCAGAAAUGUUUUCUGUUAUUGCUGCGUCGACCAUUUUCACUAUCACGAGCCUUUGGCUCGAAGGACGCAGGAGGAAGGAGGAACUAGAAGAGGGCAUGAGGAGAGCGGAAGAGGAGAAGAGGAAGAGAGAAGAGGAAGAAGCGGCAAAGGCAAAGCAGAAGCCCCCGGAAGUGCAUGAAGAUAGCGCUCAGUUUUGUAAUCUCUGGAGUAAGAGACAUGGCUAG